AGGAGAACGCCCGACUUCUGUAGUCAUGCAGCUACUGGAUACACACAAUUUACGUGGGAGUCCUGAAGUAACAGAAAACAGACGGUGUUGCAUGUAUACAUGGACUUACCUAUGCAGCUCUGUGAAGACAAAAUGAUUUAUGGAGAACGCACAAACAUUCAUCAACAGAGAUUUUCCUUCAGAAUGCAGUAUGUUGCACAGAGAGAGAUCAAACCCAUCAGAGUCCAGCUGUGUGUCCAUGAAGAGUGACCAGUCUAUGGGCAAGCCAAUAAAAUUUAAGGGGAAACAAACAACAACUGAUCUAAGUCUGUUGCACAGAGAGAGAUCAAACCCACCAGAGGCAAGCUGUGUGUCCAUGAAGAGCGAGCAGUCAAUGGGCAAGCCAAUAAAAUUUAAGGGAAGACAAACAUCAUCUGAUUUGAGUCUUUUGCACAGAGUGAGAUCAAACCCACCGGAGCCCAGCUGUGUUUCCAUGAAGAGUGACCAGUCUAUGGGAAAGCCAAUAAAAUUUAAGGGAAGACACACAUCAACUGAUAUGAGUCUGUUGCACAGAGAGAGAUCAAACCCACCAGAGGCAAGCUGUGUGUCCAUGAAGAGCGACCAGUCAAUGGGCAAGCCAAUAAAAUUUAAGGGAAGACAAACAUCAUCUGAUUUGAGUAUAAAACUACUAAACUACACAUUCAAAUCAAAUCUGAUGAAGAAGUUUCAGUGUCUGCAUGAAGGAACAGCAAAACAGGGAAACCCAACACUCCUAAAUGAGAUCUACACAGAACUCUACAUAACAGAGAGUAAAAGUGGAGAGAUAAAUAAACAACAUGAGGUGAGACAGAUUGAGACACAAUCCAGGAGAGCAGCAACAGAGGACACACCAAUCAAAUGCAAUGACAUAUUUAGACCUUUACCUGGACAAGACAAACCCAUCAGAACUGUGCUGACAAAGGGAGUUGCUGGCAUUGGGAAAACAGUCUCUGUGCAGAAGUUUAUUGUGGACUGGAGUGAAGGGAAAGCAAAUCAGGACAUCCAGUUCAUAUUUCCACUUCCUUUCAGAGAGCUCAACCUGAUGAAGGACAAAAGACUCAGUCUUUCAGGUCUACUUCAGGUUUUGUUUCCUGAAACAAAAGAAAUUAAAAUAUCCAGUGAUGAAUCUAAAGGUUUCUUCAUCUUUGAUGGUCUGGAUGAGUGUCGUCUGUCUCUGGAUUUCCAGAGCAAUGUGAGGUUGUGUGAUGUAAGUAAAUCUGCCACAGUGGAUGUGCUUCUGACGAACCUCAUUGCAGGAAAUCUGCUGCCCUCUGCUCUCAUCUGGAUCACCUCCAGACCAGCAGCAGCUGAUCUCAUCCCCUCUGAGUGUGUCCAUCGAGUGACAGAGGUACGAGGCUUCAAUGACCCACAGAAGGAGGAAUACUUCAGAAAGAGAAUCAAUGAUCAGAGUCUGGCCAACAUAAUCAUCUCACACCUGAAGUCAUCAAGGAGCCUACACAUCAUGUGCCACAUCCCAGUGUUCUGCUGGAUCUCAGCCACUGUUCUAGAGGGAAUAUUGGGGAAAUCAUGGAAAGGAAAGAUCCCUAAGACUGUUACUCAAAUGUACACAUACUUCUUGAUCCUUCAGACAAACAUUAAACAUGAGAAGGACUAUGAGAAGAAAGUGAAAGAUGAAGAUGUGAUCCUCAAGUUGGGGAAACUGGCUUUUCAGCAGCUUGUGAAAGGCAACCUGAUCUUCUAUGAUGAAGACCUGAGAGAGAGUGGCAUUGAUGUGACAGAAGCAUCCGUGUACUCAGGAUUGUGCACACAGAUCUUCAAGGAGGAAUUUGGCUUGUAUCAGGGGAAGGUCUUCUGCUUUGUUCAUCUGAGCAUUCAAGAACAUCUAGCAGCUUUAUAUGCACACCUCUCCUUUACAGACUACAUAAAUGUGUUCGACCAUGCCACCGAACAAAAUAUCUUCUCUAAGGUCUUAAAUUGGAUGAAAAAUAGUUCAUUAUUUGACCUACAUCAGAUAGCUGUGGAUGAGGCUUUACAGAGCAAGAAUGGACAUCUGGACCUUUUCCUACGCUUUCUUCUGGGUCUCUCAGUGGAGUCUAAUCAGACUCUCUUACAAGAACUACUGACACAGACAGGAAGCUGCUCCUACAAUAAAAAGGAAACAACUGAGUACAUCAAACAGAAGAUCAGGGAGAAUCUCUCUCCAGAGAGAUCCAUCAAUCUGUUCCACUGUCUGAAUGAACUGGGCGAUGAUUCACUAAUGCAGGAGAUCCAGGAUUAUCUGGCAUCUGGAAAAAUAAAUCAAAUCAAACUCUCUUCUUCACAGUGGUCAGCUCUGGUUUUUGUGUUGCUGACAUCAGAGCAGAAGAUGGAAACAUUUGAUCUAAAAAAAUUCAUGGGAGCACAAAAUACUGCAGAUGAAGUUCUUCAGAAAAUGUUGCCUGUGAUUAAAGAAUCUAGAUCAGCUCAGUUGAGUGAUUGCAGUGUCACAGAUGAAGGUUGUGCUGCUCUGGCUUCAGCUCUAAGAUCAAACCCCUCACACCUGAGUUAUUUGGACCUAACUGGAAAUAAACUGAAAGACCUAGGAAUUAAUAUGAUCUCUUCUGUACUGGAUGAUCCUCAAUGUAAACUGAAAACACUGCGGUUGGUUGAUUGUGGUGUCACAGAUAAAGGUUGUGCUGUUCUGACUUCAGCUCUGAGAUCAAACCCUUCACACCUGAAAGAACUGAAUCUGUCUGGAAAUAAACUAGGACCAUCAGGAGUGAAACUACUCUCUAACGGACUGGAGGACCCUCACUUUAAUCUGGAGAUACUGUGGUUGAUUAAUUGUGGUAUCACAUAUAAAGGUUGUGCUGCUCUGGCUUCAACUUUGAAAUCAAACCUCUCACACCUGAGACAUCUCAAUUUGUCUGGAAAUAAACUACAAGACAAAGGAGUGGAUCUGCUGUCUGCUGGACUGAAGGAUCCUCACUGUAAACUAGAAACACUGUGGCUGAUGGAUUGUAGUGUUAAAGAUAAAGGUUGUGCUGUUCUGGCUUCAGCUCUGAGAUCAAACCCCUCACACCUACAAAAACUGGAUCUGACUGGAAAUUUUCUUGGAAAGUCAGACAUGAAGCUGCUUUCUGCUCUGAAGGAUGAUCCGGAUUAUGAACUGAAGAGACUUCUGUUUUAGAUCUGACCUUCUCUAAAUCGGCUGACAGUGAAUAGAGCCACUAAAGAAACAUCACAUUUAAUAAAGACAGUUCCAUAAUGAUCAUAACACAGAGAUGUGUUUGUGUUACUUUCUUCUUCAGAAGUGACAUUUAUGAUGCUUUACUAUUGGCCUAUUGGAUGGUGUUGCA